AGCAAAUCGCCACCACCUAUUUUCCUUUUACCAUCUGUCUCUCUCUCUAGCAUAUGCAUAGCAUCUUCUUCUUUUCCAUACUUAUUUAACCAAUUCUCUCUCUCAUCACGUAACUUUCCACAAACACAACAGAUUGUUUUUUCACAACACUUUCGUCUUUAUCUUUCUCAAUCUUCGCUCGUUUGUCCCCCAAUCAUCAUUGUUUGAUACUUUUAUUGCAAUCAGUCCAUAUAUAUUUAUAUUUAUAUGUAUAGGGCAGAUAUCAGUGUUUUCCUGAUCAAUGAGGUUCGACGAUGCUUUGAAUUUAGGGUUUUGAUUGUGUUGUAAAAAGACGUAGCUAUAAAAGGUGGUUUAUGAUUGUGAAUAAAAUAUUUAUGCUUGUUUUGGGGCGGCGUUUGGGAAGAGUUAGGUUGAUUGAAUCCUAAUUUUUGUUUCUUGGGGUUAUGAUAUUACAUACACUGUGUAGUGCAUAUACUGUGAUAGUUGACGGGUAUCUUUGGAAAUAUAAUUGAAGCCCCAAGAAAAUUUUUUAAUCGAUUGGCGUGUUAGUUUGUCAUAUUUGAUGGAUUUUGAUUUUUUGGGUUAAUUAUUUGCUGGAUUUGGUUUUUGGACACUAAUAAAUGCUGAAAUGAGUUGAAGUAGCUCGUCGCAGUAGAUUUUCUGGUGGAAACUUUAUUGAAGAAGUAUUUUUAUCAUGGAUCAUGUUAUUGGUGGGAAGUUUAAGCAGGGGAGGAAAAUAGGGAGUGGGUCUUUUGGAGAGCUCUAUUUAGGUGUUAAUGUACAAAGUGGAGAGGAAGUGGCUAUCAAGAUGGAAUCUGUUAAGACCAAGCAUCCUCAACUUUACUAUGAGUCGAAAAUUUAUAUGCUUCUCCAAGGGGGAACGGGAAUUCCCAAUCUCAAAUGGUUUGGAGCUGAGGGCGAGUACAAUGUCAUGGUUAUUGAUCUUCUUGGACCAAGCCUGGAAGACUUAUUCAACUAUUGCAAUAGGAAGCUCACAUUAAAAACAGUAUUAAUGCUUGCAGAUCAAUUAAUUAACAGGGUUGAAUACAUGCACUCGAGAGGUUUUCUUCACCGUGAUAUAAAGCCUGACAACUUUUUGAUGGGCCUAGGACGCAAAGCUAAUCAGGUAUACGCCAUCGACUUUGGUCUUGCAAAGAAAUAUAGGGAUCUUCAAACCCAUAAGCACAUACCUUACAGAGAAAACAAGAAUCUCACAGGCACAGCUCGCUAUGCUAGUGUUAACACACAUGCCGGAGUUGAACAAAGCAGAAGGGAUGAUCUGGAAUCACUUGGUUACGUGCUUGUGUAUUUCCUAAGAGGAAGUCUUCCCUGGCAGGGGUUGAAAGCUGGCACCAAAAAGCAGAAAUACGAUAAGAUCAGCGAAAAGAAGAUGCUGACUCCAAUAGAGGUGCUUUGCAAAUCGUAUCCGUCAGAGUUCGUAUCAUACUUCCACUAUUGUCGAUCAUUACGAUUUGAAGACAAACCAGAUUAUUCAUAUCUGAAACGGCUUUUCCGAGAUUUGUUUAUUCGUGAAGGUUAUCAGUUUGACUAUAUAUUUGAUUGGACUAUAUUGAAGUAUCCUCAGAUUGGUGCCAGUUCUAAGGGACGGAAUCCCAGUGGGAACGCAGGUUUAGAGGCAGGACCAUCUGCAGAGAGACCAGAAAGGACCUCAGUGGGGCAAGAGAUUCGAGAGAAAUUCUCGGGUGCUGUUGAAGUAUUUUCAAGAAGAAAUCACUCCAGACAAAGGACUUCAGAGGAUGUACCUUCAUCCAAGGACGUGCAACCUAAUUCAGAAAAGAGCCGAAUUUCUCGAAAUGGAAGCUCCUCAAAAAGAUUUGUCAUCUCAGGCAGCAGACCAGGAUCUGGUGAGCCCAUUGAGGGGCGUUCAAGACUUGUCGUCUCAGGCAGCAGACCGGGAUCUGGUGAACCCAUUGAGGGGCGCUCAAGCCGAUUACUCUCAAGCAGUGGCCGCUUGUCUACUGCACAAAGAACCCAACCUGGAGUUGAGGCCAAAUCAUCUUUUACUCGUACUGCACUCACAAAGGGCACAAGAGAUGAUCCUCUUCGCAGCUUCGAUCUCCUCACUCUGAGGAAGUAAAGGGGCCUGGAUCUGCCUGGUAAAAAUAUAUUACUCGUCACGUGGAAAAAUAGUCUGUUUUGUGAAGAAAGUGUUAUCGAAACCACUUCUCUUGCACCACAGCUAAAGGGUCCAAUGACCUUUUGACAAGUAUAUUUCUCGUCUCCUUGUUCAGAGGUUGUGGCAAUUGUAAUGUAUUUUAGACUCAGCCAAAGAAGAUAAGUCUUAUGUUCGGAAUUUUCAUGUGUGUAUGAGAUCUAGGUACUUGUAAUGAAUGCUGUUGGACUAUGUAUUAUAUACUAUAAAGGGUGACCAAUGUUUUCUGUUC